AUGGUCACUCGACUCCAUGCCGUCAAGGACUACUUGCAUCACACCACCGCCCAUCACAUCUUGCCAAAUGCCGGGGAUCUAACGUUACUUGUCGACCUGGCUUCUGAGAACUGGAUCGGUGCCGUGAAGCUCGAGUACAUGGCAGUUCCAAAACGAUCCCUGGCGGGCACGAUGCCCUUUAACCCCCAGCAGGGGAUGGGCAACAACGAGAACCUCCUCUUCCGAGCGCUGGCUGCCUUGCCUCUGCUUUUCCUCAUUGCCUUGCGCUACUGUCGCCCCCUCUCCGCACCCAAAGCACUCUUGCCAUGGCAGAUGUUGCUCAGCGAGUCGUUUGAUGUGCCAUUUUUGAACCUCAAGGUUGCGGAUUUUGGCACAAUAUAUGCCGUGAUAUUGAUCGAGUCCGCUCGACGUGCCAACCUCAUGACGCCUCCCGCAUUGCCAUCAUGGUUUGGACUGGGCUGCCAGCUUGCUCCCGCGGAGAUGUUCUUGUCCCUGUACUUUUUCACUUACGAGGUUUGGCGCAGACAUCUUUGCGUCCACGGGGUUGGCGGCGAUGGCGGCGUUUUUCACAAGCACCAGGUCCUCCUCCAGAGCAGGAACGUUUGCAUUCUCCACGAAUGCGAGGCCGCCUCCUUCGACUCCUACAAUGGCCUUUUGUGA